GUCUUCAGCGCUGAGGAGCAAAUCCGCUUACUGCGCGCGCCGCCCCGCUCAGCGCUGCUGUCAGCUCGCGCUCUACUCGCGCACAGCUCGCGCUCGCUCAGCUCGACGUUUACACAGACCUGCACGGGGCUCCCGGCGCGCGGAGGGAGCGCUUUUCGCGGACUGUGACAGCGCGAGACUGAGCCGGACAGUUCUUCAGCGCGCGGGAGGGUUUUUUUUUUACAGCGCGAGACGGAGGAUCGACUUCAGCAGCCAUGUGUGCGCGAGCCGGCGAGCUGCUGCACGGACUGCUGCUGCUGCUGAGUGUUCUCGCGGCUUUGCUGAGCAGCGCGCGGGGACAAGGUGAUGGCACUGGGCUGAGUGAGAGAGGAGGAGAAUCCGAAUCAGAACGCGAACUCAACCCUUACACUUCAAAACACGACUUCCACGAGCUUCACGAGGUCACCACAGCCCCCACGUCAAGCUUUCUGGACCACCGGCCCAACCUGCGGGGUCUACUCCUCCACGAAGCCCUGCUCACCAAGGACUUCCAGGGAGAUCAGCAGUUCUUCCAGCAGGACGGAGGACCGGCGGCUCGACCCACAGCCCCGUCACAUUACCCACAACCUGGAGACUCAGCGACCCGCGUGGUUCCUCACGAAGACGCCCCGGCCUUCUCCGACAUCGCCACCACCGCCAUCACCACCGCCAGCCCCACCGUGCCCAGCAGGCUGGUGCCCACGCCCCACAAGAGACCCAGCAAGGGACGAGGAAGAACCACCGACAAGCUGGAGGUCACGUCUCAAUCUCUCACGACUCAUGUAGUUCCAGCCUCCACCCAGCCCAGCUCUGAGCAGCAGCCUGCUGAAGCUCCAACUAAAGAACAUCCAGCUUCUAAAGAUCACGCCUCAUCUUCAGAAUCCACAGCUUUCACCAAGAAAGAAACGCAGAGACCUGCAGGAAAGAGCUCUGAGGGUAAUAUCACUGAGAGGGAUGAAGAAACUGUAACAAGUACCAUCCAUACCACCACCAUCAUCAGCACGAUGAGAACAGAGGGCCAGUGCAGCAUGAACUUCACCGAUGCUGAGGGUUACAUUGAGAUGCCACCCAGGACUGAAGACUCCUAUGACUCCACUGUGGACUGCACCUACCUGAUCACGGUCUACCUCGGAUAUGGGAUAGAAAUUCAGGUCCUGAACGUGACACUGGCAGAGGGGGAGAAGGUUGUUCUGGAAGAUCUAGGUGGGCUUCAGCCGUCCAUCCUGGCCAACGAGUCCGUGCUCUCCAGGGGACUGGUGGUGCGCAGCUCCAGCAACCAGAUCUCCAUCCACUUCAGCAGCAAGAAACACCAAGCGCCGAGCUCCCUGCUGCUGCGCUACAGAGCCUUCGUUUUGAGCUGUGCCUUCCCACAAACCCCGGCUAAUGGAGAAGUCUCGGUCAGCAGCCUCCACGCUGGAGGAGAGGCCUAUUUCUUCUGCCUGACCGGCUACCAGCUCCAGGGCCCGUCCUCCCUCACCUGCCGCAACGCCACCAUGCCCUACUGGAGCGGCAAAGAGCCCAAAUGCCUGGCUGCUUGUGGAGGAAUGGUGAAAAAUGCCACGCUGGGCCGCAUUGUCUCGCCCGGCUUUCCAGGCAACUACAGUAACAACCUCACCUGCCACUGGGUGCUGCAGGCCCCUGAGGGCCACAGGCUGCACGUCCACUUUGAGAAAGUGGCCCUGGCCGAGGAUGACGACAGGCUCCUGAUCAAGAACGGGAACAACAUCGACUCGCCACCCGUAUACGACUCCUAUGAAGUGGAGUAUCUUCCUAAUGAAGGAGUGGUCAGCACAGGCAGGUACCUGUUUGUGGAGUUCACCACGGACGAGACGGGGACCUGCACUGGAAUCGCCGUUCGAUAUGAAGCCUUUGCGAAGGGCACCUGCUACAAGCCCUUUGUGAAGUAUGGGAACUUCUCCAGCAGUGAUCUGUCGUAUGGACCAGGCACAGUGGUGGAGUUCUCCUGUGAGCCGGGAUACACUCUGGAGCAGGGCUCGGUCACCAUAGAGUGUGUGGACCCUGAGAACCCUCAGUGGAACGAGACAGAGCCAGCCUGCCGGGCUGUGUGCAGUGGAGAAAUUACAGAUUCAGCCGGAGUCGUUCUGUCCCCAAACUGGCCCGAGGCCUAUGACAAAGGGCAGGACUGCAUCUGGGGCAUCCACGUGGAGGAGGACAAGAGAAUCAUGCUGGACAUCCAAGUACUUCACCUCGGUAAGAACGACGUAUUGACAUUUUACGAUGGUGAUGACCUUACAGCCAACAUCCUGGGCCAGUACAGUGGAUCCCUCCCCAGAUUCAAGCUCUACACCUCCAUGGCUGACGUGACCAUCCAGUUCCAGUCCGAUCCGGCCACUAACAUCUACGGCUACAACAACGGCUUCGUGGUGCAUUUCUUUGAGGUGGCCCGGAACGACACGUGCUCCGAACUGCCGGAGAUCUCCAACGGCUGGAAGAGCACGUCACAUCCUGACCUGAUCCACGGGACGGUGGUGACGUACCAGUGCUACCCAGGCUUCCAGGUGGUGGGCUCUGAAAUCCUGAUGUGUCAGUGGGAUCUGACGUGGAGCGGAGACGUGCCCGCCUGUGAGAAAGUAAUGGUGUGUCAGGACCCCGGUUUGGUUGAACACGGCCGCAGGGUGGUCGCAGGUUCCCGCUUCACUGUGGGCUCCAGUGUUCAGUACGCCUGCAAUAAGGGCUACUCCCUGUCCGGCCCGGGAGUUCUGACCUGCUACAGCCGAGACACCGCCGACCCCAAGUGGAGCGAGAGGCUGCCGAAGUGUGUCCCUGAGAGGUACGAGCCCUGCAGUAACCCUGGUGCUCCAUCCACUGCCAUCCAGAGCUCAGAGAAAGCCUUCUUCCAGGCCGGGGACACGCUGACCUUCAGCUGCCGCCCUGGCUAUCAGCUCCUGGGGGAAGCCACCAUCCGCUGCCUGCCGGGACACCCCUCUCAGUGGAGCGGGGAGCCCCCUGCAUGUCGGGCCACCGGGGGAGACGUUAAUGAACGCAGAUUGGACGUUGUCAGCUCAGAAACUGGUGCAGAGGGCACCAAAAUUGCCAUUGCUGUCAUGGUUCCAGUGGCCGUGGUCUUACUGGCUGUCCUGGGCGUUUACCUCUACUUCUCUAAAGUUCAGGGGAAGACGCUUCACCUGCCCUCCUCCUCUUUACCUCCAUACGACAACAUGACAGAGGAGUCCGCCUUCGACAACCCCAUCUACGAGACUGGAGUAAGUAUGGACGCCCUGAACCUGCGAGACGUGGACUCCCAGAACACUGUGGUCCUGUCCUGAUUGUCCCUCACCUCCAGAUUCACUCCAGAUUCACUCCUGUCAUCUGCACUUCCAUCGCAUGACCAGCAGAGGACGACAUGCUUCAUUCACUUUCAUUCACAAAUCCAGACCCAAACUCAUCCCCUUCAUUAUUUUAUCAAUUCAUUAAUUAAUAAUUAAGAAUAUUUCCCCUGUUCUGUUUGAACUGAAGACUGGAAGGAUGGUUUGUAGAGAUACAGAUUAUAAACUGCUUGUCUGAAUGAUUUCUCAGCAUUUCUCAAAGCAAUAUUCAUUAUCUGAAGGCCAAAAAGGGUCAAAAAGAACAUACUGUUAUUGUGGUAAUAUUCAUUUGGCAGGUUCUAAACAGUACACUAAGCCCUGCGGUUCUCCUGGAACAUAAUCAUGAAACAUUUCACAACCAUUUCUUCCUUUUUUUUACAUUAAAAACUACAAUUAAUUAAAUCAUGAAGAAACUUAAUUUAAAAUAAUUAACAAUAUUUAAGUGAAAUGAGUGAUAUCAGCACUGUCUAAUGAAAAACAAGUAUUUCAAAACAGCAACUUUAUAGGAAAAAGAAACAAAACUUUUAAACUUUCAAUAGAAGUCAAUGUAAAAAAAAGUUUCAGGUCAUUUUAGAGAAUUUCUAUUGAAAUUCUGACACAGUGAAAAGGACAACUUGUGUGUUCAAAUGAAAUAGUAAACCAAAAAAUCAAUACAAAUUGAGAUACUGUUAUUGGACAGUAUAUAUGGUUGCUCUUCUAGUCCUAGCCUGUUUUGUAGCCAAAGUCCCAAACCAUGUCCAUAUAUAACAGCCAUAUAUAAUAUCAUCCACAUCCGUGUUUGUGUAUGGCCUGAUCCUGUAAAGGAAUUUAAAGGAAUAGUCUAAAAAUAAUCUUAUGGACAUUAUUUAUCUCUGACCCCAUAGUUUAUCAGAUACUGUAUGCAAUUAAGUUUAUGUAAAGUGAUAGCUGAAUGUUUCAAGUCUAAUUAGCUUACGUUUUAAUAAACAUUCAGACCUCAAAUAUUAAAGCAAAUUAAAUCCAGGCUUAGAGUGUAUUCGACCUGCUUGAUCAUGCUGGUUUAAUUCAAUUUGAAAAGAGGCGGAGUCUGACUUUACAUGUACCGGAGGAUGGGGUGAACUUCCUACAGGCGAGUUGAGUUGAGUUGAGUUGAGUUGAGUUGAGUUGAGUUUAACCCUCUAACAGGCCAGCGUUUUUGUCAAUUUUCUGUCUGAUAUUACACACCUAAAUCUUGAAGAUUUAUAUUCAAGCAUUCAAGCAUUACAAGGUUUUCAUGUUUGAUAAAUUCUAAUUGUAAUUUUUAUAGAAAUUAUUUUUUUUAUGUAAGUAAAUCUGCAACUUAUAUAAUAUAAUAUAAUAAAUAACAAUCAUAAAAUUGGCACUUUCCUAAAGAGUGGACAGGCAGUCACUUCUCCAUGUAACCAAGUAGGAGUCUUUAAAGCCCUCAAAGUUGUCAGAAUGUGAAUAACCAAUUUUACUGCAGAGAAAAGGGGUUUUGCUAGUAUUGACCCAAGCCCUUGACUGGGCAGAGAAGAAGAAAAGAGGGGGAGCGAACGCAGAGAAUUUGGGGUGGAGUUCGGGGCAGCUUCACACAAAGAGAAACAUGGAAAAGGAAAAUAAUAAAAUUAAAGAAGGAGGAAGAUGGGGAGGAGGUGGGUGCGAGGUUGUUCAACGAGCAGGUAGAGAGGAAGUGACGGUUUAAAUAGGGAAGGAAGUGGGAGGAGUGAGGGCGUGGAUCAACUCCCAAAACUUAGCUAUAAUUCAUAGCUCCACUUUGUAUCAUCUACACCUGUAGCCCUGCAGCCCUUAUAGAGGACAAGGCAUUUAAAGUGGUUAAUGAACUUGAUGCGCUGCUCUGGUCCUGCAUUAAACGCAUGGCUGUGGAUCAUGGUCUAUGGGAACUGAAGAGUUCUCAUGAUGUGUCUCAAUCUCUCUCUCUACAUCUACGCAUCUACCCUUAUGGACCACAAUUACCCGGACCACCCAACCUCUCCUCACUCUCAUCUCCCCCUCCUCCUCCAUCAGCCGCGACUGGCUCUCUGUGAUAACUAACGGCUCUGUGUGUCUGUCCCUGCGCGUCUGCACCGCCAGAAGAGCAACGAGGUGAGGCUUCCUGAUGGAGGAGCAUGACGGCACUCAGGCACGGCAUCCCUGUCUGAUCAUCACCAGCCACCAUGUGAUGUCCUGUCAUCACAUCUGUCCAGUGCUGUGCAUGAACCAAUCGUGUACCAGUGCUGUGUGUGACUCACUACUCACUAUUACUGCCCAUCAAAUGUUUGGGGACACCUAAAUUAUGAUGUUGUUUGGCUAGAGUUGAUUGCCAUCAUUGGACUGAAGGCCUAUUUACAGGGUUUAAGCAAUGAAACUGAAACACCUGUCAUUUUAGUGUGGGAGGUUUCAUGGAUGAAUUGGAGCAGCCUGAUGGCCAAUCUUCAUUAAUUGCACAUUGCACCAAUAAGAGCGUGAAGAGUGUGAAGGUUCAAUUAGCAGGGUAAGAGCACAGUUCUGCUCUAAAUAUUGCAAUGCACACAACAUUAUGGGUGACAUACCAGAGUUCAAAAGAGGACAAAUUGUUGGUGCACGUCUUGCUGGCGCAUCUGUGACCAAGACAGCAAGUCUUUGUGAUGUAUCAAGAGCCACGGUAUCCAGGGUAAUGUCAGCAUACCACCAAGAAGGACCAACUACAUCCAACAGGAUUAACUGUGGAUGCUGUAAGAGGAAGCUGUCUGAAAGGGAUGUUCGGGUGCUAACCCGGAUUGUAUCCAAAAAACAUAAAACCACGGCUGAUCAAAUCACGGCAGAAUUCAAUGUGCACCUCAACUCUCCUGUUUCCACCAGAACUGUCUGUCGGGACUAUAAAUUAUUGUGUUUCAGUUUCAUUGUCCAACCCCAAAGUUGUUUUUACACUUGUUAGGUCCUACUAAUCCCAAAGAAUUAGGAUCAAUUUUAAUUGCACACUAAGUAAGGGUCUCAGGAAGAUAGACUGUCAUUAAUCACAUUUUUAUGUAUCGAUUUAACAAUAUAACGAUUUACAAAUCCUUUGGGUAUGUUUUGUUAUAUGCUAAUAAAAUCCAGUAAAGUACACAGAAAAGUACUAACUCUAAGUUACUCAAAUAGCCUCAUACUUUUGAUGGGUAGUAUAUGUAAAAUAUAUUAUACAUGUAAAUAGUAUUUAUAUUUAUUAUUUAUACAAGUUGAUGCAUCUUUGAUUUUUUUAGUAUAAAUAGUAAUGAUUUUAAUUCCAUAUCAUGUUGAUGUCUUAAACUCUGCAUAUGAUUGUAACUUUUGUUCAGAGAAGGGUUUUGUUUGUUUGUUUUCUUGCUUGUUUGCACUCUUAAAUGGAUGGUGUCAUGUAAUGUGUCAGAUUAAUCAAUCCAUGUAAAUGGAUUACUACUAUACAUUCAUUGCAUGUAAAAAAAAUACAUUACCAUUCAAAAGUUUGGAAUCACUAGCCAUAUUACUGAAUUUGACAGUUUAAUAUUUAUUAAUCUCCUAUGCAGUGUAUAUAUAAAUAUAAGGGAAUCAACAGAGCAAACAAAUAGUUUAAGAUGUUUUACAGAAUAUUCCAGAAAUAUGCUAAGUCUGGUUUUCAAUGUGAAGGAACAGGACAUUCUGAAGCAAUGUGAUUAUUUAUUUAGUAUCAUUUUCUGCUUUAAAAUUCAAUCAGAGGGCGCAGAGUGGUCCAGCGGUCUAAAGCGCUGCCACUAUGAGCGGGAGGUCGCAGGUUCGAACCCCCACUCAUGCAGCUUUGCCAUCAAGCUGCCGGAGCUCAGAGGGAGCAAAAUUGGCCCUGCUCCCUCCGGGUGGGUAGAUGGCGCUCUCUCCCCACAUCACUUCUACGGUGAUGUCUGCAGCACAGGGCGUCUGUGAGCUGAUGUACCGGAACCGAGCCGCUGCGCUUUCCUCCAAGCAGUUCGAAAAGAAGCGGUGGCUGGCUUCACAUGUAUCGGAGAAGGCGUGUGUUAGUCUUCACCCUCUUGGUGUGUUGGGGCAUCACUAGUGAUAGGGGGAGUCCUUGGCCGUGUAAAUUGGGGAGAAAAUGGGAAACAAUUGAGAAAAAAAAAAUUCAAUCAGUAUAUGAUUGAAUAAAAAAUAUGAGUUUUAAUUGUAUUACCAAACAUUUGACAGCAGAUUGUAAUAAAGGUCUUUUGUUUUAACAUAAUCUAUAGAUGUUCUAAAAAGUUAAGUUUAAAUAAAUUGUCAUUUUACAGUGUAGGACUGCAAGUAAAUUCUCACAGCAAUGUUUUAACAUCUAGUUUAAAGCUUUUCAUUGAUGAUAAGAGUCUGAUACUGCAGCAGGAAUUUCCUUAUAGAAUAAACCUAGUUUCAGCAGGUGUCUACAAACUUUUGACAAACAGUGUUUCAGGUUUAACUAUAGGCCCCACUUUACUUGUCUAAUCUACUUUGAUAAAGAACGUUCCAGAGUGUUCGAAAAGUCUCUGACGGCUGUGUUUAUCGUUGCAGGAGACGAGACAGUAUGAGGUGUCUAUUUAGAGGCUGUUCAGCAGUGGCUGUCCAUCUUCUACACUCCUCCUCUUCUUCUUCCUCCUCUCCUGUGACAGCUCCUCUUCUUCCUCCUCCUCUUCCUCUCCAUGAGUUCCUAUCCUCUUUCCCACCUUCCUCUGAGCUCCUGUACAGUAUAUUUUUCCUCCAGAGGACCUGUGUAAACACUGGAAACAUGGUGGACAAUAUAACGUUAUUUUUGUAGCGCUUCAGCAACUUCUACCUUUUCUUUUCUUCUUCUUUUUUUCUUUCAAAUGAGCACAGAAAGUGUGUGUACAGAAACAUAAGAGGGACAAUAUCUAUCAGAGUGCUUUUCAGGGUCUGCAUCCACAGGAGAUGGAUGUGCUCUGGACCUGAGAGUGAAUGAGUGUCCAGGCCAGGGUUAUCUAACUGAGCCACAGCGACACUCUGAGACCAGUGUUAAUACCAUCCUCACUCAGUCUAUUUACAACAUUGGCACCAUUGAAUGUCUGCAUGGGGGUUCUCUUUCCUAAACACUUUGUAAAUAAACUGACUGUUCCAAA